GCGCAGCCCCCGCGGGAGGGGCGGGCAGCAGCGCCCGGGGAGCGGCGGGGCCGGGCCGGGAGCCCGGGCGCUCAGGAUGUUCCCGCAGGGACGGCACCCGCCCCCGCUCCAGCCCGGGCAGCCCUUCAAGUUCUCGGUGCUGGAAAUCUGCGACCGCAUCAAGGAGGAAUUCCAGUUCCUGCAGGCGCAGUACCACAGCCUGAAGCUGGAAUGCGAGAAGCUGGUGAGCGAGAAGACGGAGAUGCAGAGACAUUAUGUCAUGUACUACGAGAUGUCCUACGGCCUGAACAUUGAAAUGCACAAGCAGGCAGAGAUUGUCAAGAGACUGAGUGCCAUUUGUGCCCAGAUUAUUCCUUUCCUGACGCAGGAGCACCAGCAGCAGGUCCUGCAGGCAGUGGAACGGGCCAAGCAGGUGACCAUGGGGGAGCUGAACAGCAUCGUCGGGCAGCAGCAGCUUCAGCACCUCUCCCACCACGCAUCCCCCCUCCCGCUGACACCCCACCCCUCCAGCAUGCAGCCCUCUAGCCUGAGUGGGGCCAGCGGCACCGCGGGGCUCCUGGCCCUCUCGGGGGCACUGAUGGCACAGCUGGCCACCAAGGAGGACAGAGUGGCCCAGGAUGGGGAGAACAGAGAACACACCCCAAGCCGGAGCAUUUCUUCUUCCCCUCCCGAGAGCCUGCAGGACGAGGAGCGGACGGGGCUGAAGCGCAAGCGGGAGGAGAAGGAGCUGCCUGGGCAUUCUGACAGCGAUGGGGACAAGAGUGACUACAACCUGGUGGUGGACGAGGACCCUCCCUCGGAGGCCGGCAGCCCUGGCCACUCGCCCGGCCCCUGCCCGGCUGCACCGCGCCGGGAGCUGCCCGAGAGCCCCGCGUCCAUCGGCUCCAGCGGGAGCGCUGCACCCCUCCAGCCCAAGGAGCAGAACCCGACCGACUCUGUGGCCAGCGCUCCCACCUCCAAGCCCUCCUCUUCCUCGCCACCCCGUGACUCCCUCACGCCUGGCCCCGGGCCCAGCUCGGCUGUCCCGCUCCGGCCACCCCCGGCCAAGGCCCCCAGCACCGACACCGUCACUCUCCGCAGCCCCCUGAGCUCCUCCAGCCCCUACACAUCCUCCCUGGGGAUGCCCCACGCCGCCCUCAGCGGGGAGCUCCCGGCCCCCGGCCUCUACAUGGGCAUCCACCUCUCACCCCAGGUCAGCAGCGCGGUGCUCUACGGCCGUUCCCCCAUGGUGGCGUUUGAGUCACACCCUCACCUGAGGGCUUCUGCCCUCUCCUCUUCGCUCUCCACCAUCGCUGGAGGGAAGCCUGCCUACUCCUUCCACGUCAGCGCCGACGGGCAGAUGCAGCCGGUGCCUUUCCCCCCCGACGCCCUCAUCGGCUCCGGCAUCCCCCGGCACGCGCGGCAGCUGCACACCCUGAGCCACGGCGAGGUGGUCUGUGCCGUCACCAUCAGCAACUCCACACGACACAUCCUGCACGUCACCAAACCCGACAAGUACCAGCUGCACCUCCACGAGAGCUGUGUCCUCUCUCUCAAAUUCGCCUCCUGCGGGAAGUGGUUUGUGAGCACGGGGAAGGACAACCUGCUCAACGCCUGGCGGGCGCCCUACGGAGCCAGCAUCUUCCAGUGUAAGGAGUCCUCGUCAGUCCUGAGCUGUGACAUCUCUGUCAAUGACAAGUUCAUCGUUACGGGCUCUGGUGAUAAGAAGGCCACAGUCUAUGAGGUGGUUUACUGACUCCUGUCGCCAUCCCUGCUCCAUCAGGAAAGGGGGCACACCUUGCCCAAAGCCACCAAGGUUCACAGAGGCCUCCAGUGUUGGACCUGCCCUCCUGCAGCUCUUCUUUUCUUCCUCCUCCCCUGCUUUCAGACUCCAAACAAAGGCCCCAGCCCCAUUCUCCUGCACGGGGCUGGAGGGCUGGGUGUGUAGCCUGGCAUCUCCUGAGGCUGGGCAAGGGCUGGGCUGGACAGCCUGGGCACUGUCUGUCCCUCAGGCUGGCUGCACAGGGAGCUAGACAAAGCCUGAGAGCGUGUGUCUCCUGAAUUACUGCUACUGAUUUAAUGGCACCCAUUUUCUGCUGCAGAAACAGCUGUAAAUUAUCAGUAAAGAAAUGUAUUUAACUAUGUUUUCAAUCCCUUACUAAUAAAAAUGAACAAAAGAA